AGUCGCUCCGGUGCCGAACUCCGGAGUCCGACGCCGAUUCGCCUAAGCGGCGCUGGCCAAAGUGCCACAUGCCAUGCAGCCACCGGAGCGACGCAGCCUGCAUGGUGUGUGCCUGUGGCUUUUGCUGGCAUUGUCAGGUGGAACAGAUGUCGAGAAUGUUUGCGAGAAAGGCUUUUACCAAGAGGAUCCUAUCGUUUUCGGCUGCCAGGGCGGCAAGGGACGGCAGUCCAUGAUUCUGACCUCGCGAGCCGCGGCACAGGGCCAGUUCUCCUGGGAGGUGCCCAAAGAUACGGCAGACCUCUCGGUCGAGGUACUUUUCGAGCCCUUGAAGUCCCUGCACGGCUCAGCCAAGUUGUCGGCGAAGUGCGCUGACACGGGUGAAGUGAUCCUGGGUGAAACUCAGAGCUUGUUGAACGAGUCAGCCAAACUGGUCACCGCCCAUGGCGCCCAAUGGUCUUGGAGUGGCAAUGCCACGCACCGGAGCGGUUCUUUCAGCCUUUGGCUGCGCGUGCAUGGUCCUUUGCAUUGUGACCUUGGCUUCCGUGUGGAGAAUGACCUGGAGUCCAACCUAGCUGCCGAUGUGCGCUACUCCUGGUCUCACAUCAAGCCUUGCCCCAAGCAGCUUAAAGGAUGCGAGGAGUGCCCAAAGGACAAGUGUCACCCUGAUGAUGUUGCAGUGUGCGAUGGUUCCCGCUAUUGGGAGUGCCAACCUCACGGGGACGGUGGUGGUACUUGUCAUGUUUGUGAAGCCAACAGUGGAGUCGCCCUGAAGCGGCUCCGGUCGAUGACCAUGAUGCAACUCUCACAAUUUGUGGUCAUGUUCUGUCUUGCAGACAUGAUCCACAUGAUCAACCUUGGAUGCAGAGCAGGGGGUGGUCUAUGAUUUUCCAGGGCGUGUUUGAUGUUGAAAGGCGCAGUCAGUCAUCCAUCGACGAGUUUCGCAGUCGAUCGAGUUUCGACACAAAAGGACACAAUUCCCUAAUAAGGGGGAUAGAAUUUAAUGCGGAAUAUCGGCCACACCAGAUAGAAUGCGGAUAUAGAAUGCAACUAUAAAUGCCAGAUGGAAAGCCAGAAUUUAUGUCAGAUAGAAUGUCAGAAUAUAUGCCAGAUAAAAUGCCAGAAAAGAGGCCAGAUAGAAUCACGGCAGAAUUUAUGCAAGAUAGAAUGCCAUCAUUUGUUUGCCAGAUAUCAAACGCCAGAUAGAUGCCAGAGUAUAUCCCAGCUACAAGGCCAGAAUUUAAGCCAGCUAGAGUGGCAGUGUAUGUUUGAAACAAUACAGUCACCGGUUGUUAGCCAUAUAUAUAUACAGUAUAUGUAUAAUGCCAUCAUGGGCUCAAGUGGCUGCAAUGGGUAUUUCAGAGUCCCACCACGGCACAGCAUGCUUGUGCCAAAGGAGAUGUUGCCAAAACGUGGAGGGUGAGAUGGUAGAUGACCUGGUGAGCCACAUGGUUCCGAACGACCCAACGGACACCAUGAUUCCAAAUGAAGGCAUCAGGUCAGCAGCUAUGGCGCAGGCAGAGGAGCUUUCAUUCCCAUUGGCGGCGGCCCAACCUUGGGGAGCUCCAUCCAGUCAGGAAGACCUACGCAGAAUCCAGCUGCACUACCAAGCAGAACACGAAGAACAAAUGAGGUUACAACAACUGCGGCAAGAAGAGCAGUUCGCUCACCGGCUGGCGUUUCGCCAGAUGUUCGGCAACGAGAGUUUAUUGAGACACCCCGCUUUGAUGCAGCACCUGCACCACAGGAGGUUUCAAGUGACCGGCGACCAUUGGGAGAGCUUCGGGAAGGCUGCAAGCCACACUUCUUUAUUUGGGAAAGCUGAAUAUGCGCAAGUAUUUCAUGACCGUGUUUGGGAAGCUACUGGCGGCGCAGGGCUGUCCAGCACUGAAGUUCCCAUCGUUAUGUUUGACGACGCUUGGUGAAGGUGUUGCGCUACCUUGUGCUGUGUGAGUGCUGCGACGUGCGACAUAGAUGCGAA